AUGGGGCUAAGAGCUCACUUGCCACCACAGACCUCUCUCCAAAUACCCUCCCCAGUACCGAGUACUACUAAUGAUACCUUAUCAUGGAUUCUUAACCUCUCGUUGCACUGCGAAGCUAAUGGUACUUUUCACUACCGCAUCAGAGUUAAGGCGAAUACUAUUUCUGUAAUCAACUGCAAAGGAUCGCGAUGGAUAUUUUCUGAGAGAUUGGGUGUAUUUGGUUUGUCCUCCGAGACCCAUCAGCUUGUUUUGAGAUGA